GAUUUUGAGGAAAAUAGGCUCUCUAAUGAGAGAACAGAGUCUGGGCAAUCAACUGCAAGGAAAGAGUCAAGUUUUAAGACAAAUACAGAGAACAUCAACGGCAAUACACAAAGUGUUUCAGGCGAUUUCAAGAAAAACCAGCAGUCUAAUGAAAGAACAGAGUCUAAGACAUUGACCAAAAGGAUACAGUGGCGAGUUAAGACAGUAGAGAAGUCCAAAGAAAGAUAUGAGUCUGAGAAAGCUUCGGCUGAUUUUGAGAGAAAAAAGCAGCUCAAUGAAUGGAUAGAGCCUAAGCAAGAUUAUGAUGCAUCAUCAUCAGGACUCUUUUCUAAGAAAUAUCCAAACAAGCAAGAAAAGCUUCUAGUCUAUGGCAUACCAAAGGAAGUUAGGGUUUUGAUUGAAAAAGAAGAGGUCCCUGAAGUCCUAGAGAAGCCUUUAUCUGCCAUGAAUUAUUCUGAAUAUUUCGCUGCCUUGUUGUAUGCAGAGGAUAUAUAUCUUGAGACUUGGAGCGACUUUGUCUUAGAAGAAGUCAUUGUGAAAUUAUAUGAAGAACCAGACUCUCCCACCGAAGCCAAGCAUGAGAAUAAAUACAUGGAGAAUUCAUUGAAAAAGAAGAAUCCCUUUGUGGUUUUUGAGCUUCCUCCAAAUCGAAAGGACCGGCCGUUCCUUUUGUCUAGGGACUUUGUCUAUUUACGACCUUCUGGCAAGAAAGUUGAUCCUUUUAAGGGAUUCGUGUGUCGGGUCGUGAAGAGGAAGGUGAGAGUGGAAUUUGGCAAUGAGUUCCAUUCCCAACAUUCAUCGGAACAAAAAUAUGAUGUGAGUUUCUCCUUCAACAGACUCUGCUUAAAACGUUGUCAUCAAGCAGUUCUUGCAACUUCAGAUCCUUCAUUUCAUAAUCUCUUGUUCCCUAUUGAGAAUCUUCGGGCCAAGUUCAUGGAUACAGAGACAGUUGUAAUUACUUCAAGCCAUGAUCUGAACAUGGAGCAACGGGUUGCAGUUUCUCGAAUGCUCAGUUGCAUAGGCUCUCCCCCUUAUAUCGUCGAGGGACCAACUGAGAAAACCAGAGAUACAGUUUGGGCAGCUUCUCUACAUAUAUACAAGAACCUCCCAAACUCUCGAAUUCUCAUCGCUGCCCCAACAAACAAAGCUUGUGAUUAUCUAUUGAUCAAAUUAUCAGAAGAAAUCCCUGAAUCUGAGCUUUUUCGAGCCAAUGCAGCCUUUCGAGAGCCCGAAGAUGUGCCUCCAGAUGUUAUCGUGUCCUCCUCUUACAAUGGAGAGGUUUUCACAUGCCCAACCAUUGAAGAACUUGAGAGCUAUAGAGUGAUAACCUCCACAUUCAUAAGUUGCUUUAGGCUUCACUCAGGUGGUCUUAAUAAAGGCCAUUUUACCCAUAUAUUCUUGGUGGAUGCUUCCUCUGCAACUGAACCUGAAACGAUGGUGGCUCUUGCAAAUUUUGCCGAUGAGAAGACAACGGUUUUUAUCACGGGUUCCUAUGCAGAGUGUCCAAACCGGGUACAUUCUAAUAUCGCAAGGAAGCUCGGCUUGAGGAGAUCAUAUUUUGACAGGCUUCUCACUAAAUUGCCUUAUGUAGAUUGGAACCCUCAAUUUGUUACACUCAUUAGUUGACAUUCUUAGGAAACAGCAUGUUCAAUGGCUAAAUCUAAGACUGCUUCAUCCAAUCAUAUCAAGUAUAUAACUAUGGGUAGCCCCAUGUAUCAAUGUAUGUGUUAUUGCAUAUAUAUGUUUUGGAUGUUCUGAGUGCUAUGGGAUACAAUUUUUUCUUUUCA